AUGAGUGUUACCUCGUCUGAAAACUGGUUCACCGGAAAAAUGAGUAGAAGAAAAAUAUUAUGUCGCCGGAAAACUAGUUCGCCGGAGUUUGCCGGAAUUCCCAAAAACUGGUUUCCUGUAUGUCACAGGAAAAAACGUUCCCCGCAAAACUGGUUGGCUGGAAAACUUAUUCGCCGGAAAAAAGUCGCCACUAAAACCGCGUCUGAAAAUGGACUCCGGGACGCCAAGCUGCAUGCAAGACGCCAGUUGAAUGAAGCCAGUAGCAGCACUAGUAAGCAAAACCAUGGGUUUGUGUACAAUGAUAAGAAAGUGAAGGAUCACUUUGAACUCAAGUCAUGGGUUUGUGUUUCUGAUGAGUUCGAUGUAUUUAAUAUUAGCAAAACCAUUUAUAAAGAUGUGGGUGGGGAUGACAAACUAUUUGAAACUCUUAAUCAACUUCAAGUGGCUCUUGCAGAAAAACUUUCAAAGAAAAGGUUUCUGAUCGUUCUAGACGAUGUCUGGAAUGAAGACUACCAUAAGUGGGAACUCCAACACCCAUUUAUUGUAGGGGCACCCGGAAGUAAGAUUAUUGUUACAACCCGGAAUAGUACAGUGGCAUUGGUGAUGAAUUCUUCCCAAUCUUACCAUUUGGAGCUGAUGUCAAAUGAAGAAGCUUUGUCUUUGUUUGCCCAACAUGUGCUCGAUAAACAAAAUUUUGAUUCGCAUCCAACACUUAAGUUGUAUGCAGAAGGCAUUGUGAAGAAAUGUGGAAGAUUGCCAUUGGCGUUGAAAACUCUUGGAAGGGUGCUGAGAACAAAAUCAAGUGAUGAUGAAUGGGAUGAAUUGUUAUAUAGUGAGAUAUGGAAUUUACCGAAUGACGGUAAUAUUCUUCCUGCCCUAAGACUAAGUUACUAUGAUCUCCCAACGCAUUUGAAGCAAAUGUUUGCUUAUUGCUGCUUAUUCCCCAAGGAUUACAUGUUUGACAAGGACGAACUCGUUCUGCUCUGGAUGGCAGAAGGGUUUUUGUACCAUUCAAAUGGAAGCAAGUAA